GUACAAGAAAACUUUUAUGCAGUUGAUGACCCAAAGACUUCUGAGUACCAAUAUUUUACGAAACUUCAGGAAGAUACAUUCCACAGUAUUCAUUCUCAUCCACCACAUAAGCAGGACAAGCCUUCGAAGAAGAUAGGAGCAAGUAAUUGUACAGGAGAGUUGCAAUUCAAGAAUGGGGAAAUCUUUUCCAGGAAGAGACACAAAUUACUUAAGUUAGCUGCAAAGGCGUUGUCUCAUGAUGUUGAUGAGUUCUCUUCAAAUGGAUCUGAUUUGCUUUCGGAGUUCCUUCAGCGACUGGGAAUUGAAAGCAAUGCGAGCAAUAGCGGUUGCAUAUUGAGGUCAAGGCCAAUGGACUUAAACAUCAAUUCCACCUUUCUUGCUAAUCCAGAAACUUUUCUGUCUGUUGAGGAAGUUCCCCAUACUACAAAAAAGUACCUUAUGCCAUCUACUGAAGAUAUCAGGGAAAAGGGUUUGCCUGAAUGUUGGGAUGCUGAGGAGGACACUCUCAUUCACCCACUGUGGGAUAGUCUGGAUGCUAACUCUCAUUCCACUGGGUGUGCUCAUGAAACAAGUCUUCCAUACAAUAGCAGUCGAUAUGAUAGUGAACGGGAUGGUGGAAGAAUGACAAGUUUGCACACCGAGAGGAACUCGACCUUUGGUAUUGAUCUGGGUACAGAAUUCUCACUUAACAGAAGCAGGUGUAUUAUGUUGGAGCACAUGCCAUCUGAAUCAGAUUGCCUGGCCCACAAAAUCUUUCCUUCUUCUGCAUACUCUCCAGAGCAAGCGCUUGUCCUGAGAAACAUAUCUAGUUUAAGAGAGCUGGAUGAGAUCUAUGGUCCAAAGGAACCUGCACUCUCAAGAGAGAGAUGUCCUCUUCAAUUACUUUGUUGGGCUGACAGCAGUCUGGUGAAUGAGCCUGAGUUGUCUAUUGCAUCUCACAGGACAGGAAUGAACUUAAAUCCCAUGGUUGCUGAUCAUUGGAGGAGUUUUGACAGCAGUCUGGAUGCAAUUGCACCCUGUUCCCCAUCUUUAUUCCACAAGCAAAAUCCUCCAAACUCUACUCUGCAGAAACUUCUUUUAGAUUGGAGACCGAGCUCUGCCAUUGGAAGAUACAUCCUUGAAGAGGGGGGUUUCCCAGUUGAGGAAUCUGAUAAUUUUCCAUUAAUAUUAUCCCGUACGCAGAACUACCUCGAUUUGACAGAAGGAUGCAGAUUAAGCGGCAAUUAUAAAGAGAGAAAUCGCAAUAUUUUUGUUAGUGAGGCUUCUCAAGAGAAGUGUCAUACGAAUUUGGAUGCUGUCCUACUACCCUCCAAUCUCGAUCUCGAAUUCAGAUGGAAGAGCUUAUCAGCAACCAAUUUCUUCAGUGAAAAUAAUCUGGUCACCUGUUCCCAUCUCCAAUUUCACGAAAAGAAGAAAGAAGACCUGUCCAUAUGCAUGCGUACUUGCAAUGAAUUCAAUGGGCACCAAACUCAUUCUCAUUCUACUGAUGACAUGUUUAACAUCUGUGGCCUGGAGUCCUUCAGUUGCAAGCUCCCUCUGAAUCAGAAAAGGGCCCGCCGGUUGCUGCUUGAUGGACCAAGCUGGCACAAUGAUGAAGGAGACAUCUGAUCUGACUUGAGCAAAAGCAAAUCCAGCUGACAGUUUUCAUGCUUCGGUUUGUCUUCCUGAAACUGAGAUUACACUUAAAAAGCAAAACUGCCCAUCGAGGUAUAAGCUCAUGUUCAUGUUCGCAAAGCUGCUGAUGCUUUCACUAACUACUUUGUGCUCAAUGAUUUCUCAUUCUUUUUGUCUUUUAUUUUCCCGGUGACUCAAUUCUUAUUGAUGACUUUAUUUUAGUAGCUUUAGAUGGUUGGGGUAUUUGCUAUUUUUGAAAUUUGAAAGAGCCUGCACAUGUGGUGGUACUAGCACAUGAGAAGAUGAAUUAGGAUGCA